AUGAAAUUGUUGGAUGGAAACGUAGUUAGUGAUCCAUACUAUUAUCCAAAAGAAAAACAUAGAUGUAUUUGCACUGAUGGUUUUCAGGCAAUCAUUUGCAGUGCUUCUGUUGGUUGUGUUGUUAGUGAUGCUUGGGACUCCAGACGGUUUUAUCCGAGAUCAGGGUUUCUGCACGAUGAAGUCCCAGCCAGGUUUGACUCUCAGAAGCCAGUGCAGGAAGAGCCUGUAAGACCGGACCAUAGCAAGGCUGUUGAAGAGCCUGAGGGUUCCCAGUCCAAGCAGACCUCUGAGAACCCUUUGACUUGGAGCUAUCCUAAAGUUGAAAAGCCUGAGCACAAGCCUACUGUGUCUGAGCGGCUGAAGCAGGUGGCUUGGUGUGGGCAGAGUGUGGUCCGUGUGGCGGUGAAGCAGGAACUUCUGGGGAUUGGCUGGCUCAUCCAGCCAGAGCGUAUCACUCUAGGAGGUUGUGCUGCCACUGAGGAGGAUGCUGAAGCUCAUGUGCUCACCUUUGAAUCAGAGCUGCAUGGCUGUGGCAGUGAGCUGACGAUGAAUGAGGAUGUGCUGAUCUACACCUUCACUCUUGUCUAUGAGCCAAAACCUCUUGCUAACACUUCUACAUUGAAGACCAGUGCAGCUAUGGUUGAUAUUGAGUGCCACUACUUGAGGAAUCACGAUGUGAGCAGCAAUGCCCUGAAGCCGACCUGGAUCCCCUACACUUCCAACAUGGUGGCAGAGGAACUCCUCUACUUCUCCCUGAGGUUAAUGACUGCUGACUGGCAGUUUGAGAGGCCCUCCAACCAUUACUAUCUUGGUGACAUCAUCAACAUGGAAGCCUCGGUCAUGCCGUACCAUCACGUUCCCCUCCGUGUCUUUGUGGACCGCUGUGUCGCCACCUUGGCGCCUGAUGUCCACACUGUCCCUAGAUAUUCUUUCAUUGAGGACCAUGGGUGUCUGGUUGAUGCCAAGUUGACCGGCUCCAGCUCCCAGUUCCUGUCCAGAUCCCAGGAUGACAAGAUCCAGUUUCAGCUGGAGUCCUUCAGGUUCCAACCACAGAAUGAUUCCCAACAGCUCUACAUAACAUGUCAUCUGAAAGCAACUGCAGCCUCUUCCCCCAUUGAUGCUGAGAACAAGGCCUGCUCUUUCACAGAUGGCUGGAAGGCUGCAGGUGGGGAUGACCAGGUUUGUGGCUGCUGUGACUCCAGCUGUGCUGCAAGCAAGGCUAGAGAUCUUGACAGUGAUUCAGAUUUGCGGUGGGAAGGUGAAGCUACCCUAGGCCCCAUAAUUGUCCAAGAGUAAUAUUACUAUAUUUUAACAACUUGUUUGGGGGAAAUAAACUCAUAAAAUGCCAUUUUCAUGUCUGCCUCAUAAACUACAUGUGUCAUAGUAAACAUGAAUCCAUACACUCAAUGUGGUUGCAUAAGAAUGAAGGUUACUUGAGGCGAAAGGAGGGUGGAUGGGUACGUGUAACUCAACUGUCUAGCAACCCAAAUGUUGUUUGGAAAUUAUCACGGCUACUUUGUAACUACUUAACAUGUUAGCUAACCUUAACCCAACUGCUAAGCUAAUGUUAGCUUCCUUGUCAGCAUUAGCCAUGUAGCUAAUGUUGGAAUUUGUAAUAUUAUGCAUAUUGGAAAUUCUUAGUUUUGUAUGACGGGGCUGGACAUCCACAAACUAAUACACAUGUAUCAUACUAAAUUAAGGGAGAUUUACUGUUGUCUACCCCAGAGAGCAGAUCUAAAUAUCUGUCACUUGAUGGCUACAGUAGGUGUGGCUUUUACUGUGAAAUGCUUGCUUACGAGCCCUUUUCCCAACAAUGCGGAGUUGAAGGAAAUGUUAACGCAAUAAAAUUACUAUAUAUAGGUACAAGGUGUAGGGGUAAAAGUUAGAUGCACCUUGAUUGCCUACGCAGCAGCAUAUGAUAGGGAGUGUGAAGGAGUCAAUGUAAAUAGUGUAGCCACUUGAUUAACUGUUCAGCAGUCUUAUGGCUUAGGGUAGAAGCUAGUUGCAGCCUGAACACAGAAGUAAAGAUAUUACAUUAAGACAAUGCAAACAUUUAACAAGCAAAGUAGACAGUUAAUGCCUGACAGGUAAUGUUUAACAUUUCAGUGAGAUUAGUAGCGGUCUAGUCAUGGUUGAUUGCAUUAGAUCCAUUGGUGAUGGAUUUACUUUUUGACUGACAAAUGUGAUUGGGUAAAUAAUUACUCUAUGUGAUGGCGCUGCUUAUUGUAGAUUUAGUCGAUGACCUGAACUUGCCUGUCUGGUUAAGUUAUUUUGCUAUUAAACUCUAAUUGGUCU